AGUUACCCCCAUGUCCUCUGGGGGGCGCUAAACGCUAAGCUACAUCCGUGCUGUCGUUUGUGUAACUGACGUGUUUUGCCAAGGUUAGUCGGUUGUCUAACAUGCGCGACGUCACCGAACAGCCCAAAAAACAAGCACGGACGAAGCAGAUGACGCUCGAAUGUUGCUCACCUUUCUUCAACAAGCCCAAAUAGUGCAAGGCUAGCACACCUGCUAGCUUCUUUUGAAUAACCAGUUGGAGCGUGUGCAUCGGCAAAGUUAAGCUGAAACAAAGAGUCAUGCUGCAAAGCUAUUGUGAAUCCGGAUUUCCCAUUUCCCAUACGUGGGUGGAUGAAGGAAUCUCCCCCUGCUUUUACUUCACUGUGGUCCCUGCUGUCCUGCUCACCAUUUCUUUCUUCCUCGGCACCAUCCACUUCAUCUUCUACCAGAAGUAUGGCACAGCAAUGGAGCCAAAGUUCAUCCCCCGCUCUCGCCUCUACACCCUCCAACUGGCCAUUUCCAGCCUUGUCUUGGGUCAGUUUCUGGUUGGGAUGGUGUGGCGAGCCACCUUAGGAGACCAGCUCCCAGGCUAUGUGGUGCUCUAUGGCUGCUUCUCCACCCUAGCCUGGGUUUGGGGGCUUGCCUUGCUCAUUGUGGAGAGGCGUAGGGCUCUGGUCAUGGAUCGAACACGGGGCCACAGCGCGGCUCUGCUACUCUUCUGGGCGACGGCGUUCGCUGGGGAGAACCUGGCGUUCGUCUCCUGGUUCAGUCCUCACUGGUGGUGGGGUCUGGAGGACAAUCGGCAGCAGGUGCAGUUCGGCUUCUGGUUGAUGCGCUACGUGGGCACCGGACUGCUCUUCUUUCUUGGUCUUAAGGCCCCAGGGUUGCCAAAGAAACCAUACAUCGUGCUUAUCAAUGAAGACGAGCGAGAUGUCGAGCAAAGCGGACGGAACCUUUUGGGCGCACCAGACGAGAACCAGUCGACCUGGCGGGGCUUCACCAAGAAGGCCAGGUUGCUGCUACCUUCCUUGUGGCCUCGGGGCAAUAUCUGGCUCCAGCUGCUUGUCCUUUUCUGUCUGGGGCUGCUGGGAACGGAGAGGGCAAUUAAUGUCUUUGUUCCUAUUUACUACAAAAAUAUAGUCAAUGAACUGACUGAUGGCAGCAGCUGGAACACUCUGACCACCACUGUGUGUAUUUAUGUCCUGCUCAAGUUCAUGCAGGGCGGGGGGGCAGGAGCUACAGGUUUUAUCAGCAACUUGCGUGCUUUCCUGUGGAUCCGAGUGCAGCAGUUCAUCAACCGGAUGGUGCAAGUGCGCCUGUUUGCCCACCUGCACGCCCUCUCGCUGCGCUGGCACCUGGGUCGCAAAACCGGCGACGUGCUGAGAAGCAUCGACCGUGGCACCUCAUCCGUCAACAACUUGCUCAGCUACAUUGUGUUCAGCAUCGUCCCGACAAUCGUUGACAUUGUCAUCGCCAUCAUUUACUUUAUCACCUAUUUCAACGCGUGGUUUGGCCUUAUUGUCUUUGUGUGCAUGACCCUCUACCUCACUUUGACCAUCAUUAUCACCGAGUGGAGGACCAAGUACAGACGGGCCAUGAAUCAGCAGGACAACGUUGCUAAGACGAAGGCCGUCGACUCCUUGCUGAACUUUGAGACGGUGAAAUACUACAACGCAGAGAACUAUGAAGUCCGACGCUUUGAGGACGCCAUCUUGAAAUACCAGUCGUCAGAAUGGAAGGCACAGGCCUCCUUGGCCCUCCUCAACCAAACCCAGAACCUGAUCAUCGGAGCAGGUCUCCUGGCCGGCUCUCUGCUCUGUGCCUAUUUUGUGACCGAAGGGAAAUUCAAGGUCGGUGAUUUUGUCCUGUUUGGAACGUACAUCAUCCAACUGUACACCCCUCUCAACUGGUUCGGUACCUACUACAGAAUGAUCCAAAAUUCAUUCAUUGACAUGGAAAGCAUGAUCCAGCUGUUUGAGGAGGAGGAGGAGGUGAGAGACGCUUUGAAUGCCGUCAGUUUCCACUACAAGCUGGGGAAAGUGGAGUUUGAAAAUGUUCACUUCAGCUACACCGACGGCAAGGAGGUUCUCAAGGAUGUCUCCUUUACCGUACUACCUGGACAGACCCUGGCCCUGGUCGGGCCGUCAGGGUCCGGGAAGAGCACCAUCAUCCGACUCCUCUUCCGCUUCUACGACGUCCAAGGGGGUUGUAUUCACAUUGACGAUCAGGACAUAUCCAAAGUGACGCAGACGUCGCUGCGAGCGCACAUCGGCGUGGUCCCGCAGGACACGGUGCUGUUCAACGACACCGUACUGGAGAACAUCCGCUACGGUCGCGUCUCCGCGAGCGACCAGGAGGUUGAAGAGGCCGCCAUUGCCGGUGACAUCCAUGACAGAAUCAUGGAGUUCCCAGACGGUUAUGACACUCAAGUAGGGGAAAGAGGCCUGAAGCUGAGCGGAGGAGAGAAGCAGAGGGUGGCGAUAGCUCGGACCAUCCUCAAGGCACCGCAGAUUAUCCUGCUGGAUGAGGCCACGUCAGCACUCGAUACCCAAACGGAACGCAACAUUCAGGCCUCACUAGCCAAAGUCUGCGCUAAUCACACGACAGUUGUCGUAGCGCACAGGUUGUCCACAAUCAUCGGAGCCGACCAGAUUCUCGUCAUCAACGAGGGUCGGAUUGCCGAGCGAGGACGACACGAGGAGCUUCUGCAAAAGCAAGGCCUGUAUGCAGACAUGUGGGCAAAUCAACAGCAGGCUCAGGACUCCGAUUCUUCGUCGGACACCGAAGCUAAAGACCGCAAGUCUGAGAAACUGCAGCCGCCUUCCACCGACUCAGGCCACCAUCAUGGACAUUGAAUAGCUUGGUUGGAGUUUACAUUAUAUUUGAAUUUGGUAGAAUGUAUCAUGCUUAUUUAUUUUUUUAAAUUUAAAAUUGUCUUUGCAUUUCUGAAUGUAAUGGGUUGUUGUUGUUUUUUUUAAUUUGGUGCAAUGUAACAAGCACUAGUUUGUCCAUCUAUGUCAGGGUUCAGUUCUCCGAAUUGUAUCCAGAUUACUACUCAUUACAUUUUAAUUCUAGAGCUUAGUAAAUACAGGUGACCCUCGCCAUCUCGCUAUUCGCAGGGCAGAGGGACCGGAGCUGCUUGCGGAUCGCAAGAAUCCACAUAAAGUUCACGCCCAUGAUAAUUGCACUUUUGAUCCCCUGCCCCAUUUUUUGGUUUAAAUAUUGGGAAAAGAUUCCAGACCGUAUGGAUGCAGGGGUUCAGUUACUGUCCAUGCGAUAGGUGUAAGGGAAAUAAUUAUGAUGUGGACAUUUUUCAUAUUUAUAUGUAGGUAAUAAUAAAUCCAUACAUUAUGCCA